AUGCUCGACGGCUGCACUCCAGACGAGGCUAUUGGAAACGACCUCACUGUAUACUGUCCGGUCGUUCCAUCCCAUCAUCAAUGGGAGCUCUCGGAGUCUAUGAACUCGCCAGCCUUCCUGGGCGCUUUCCAGGAUGAAGUCUGCAUCACUACGCUGUCCAGACAGACUUACCUUCCCCAAGACCAAUUCGUAUUUUACAGGGACUUUAGUUCAGGAGACCGUUGGGUCGAUACGUACUCCACCGUCAAGAACCAAACUCUAUCAUCCGAACACCUGGUAACAGUCGCUGAUGAGUCACCCUUAACCUUGACUCCUUCCCUGCAGUUUGAACGCGUAGCUCUAAGAUCCGCUAGACGCAAUGCCAGAGGAGAUAAUAAUACGGACGAUCAGAGGAGAAAAGGGAGUCUUGCUGACGAAAAUGGGACCAACAUCAGCAGCGGCGCGACUAAUCAUAAACACGCGAAACAUAAGCAAGCACAAGAGAGAAAUCGUAUCGCUGCCAAUAAAUGUCGCAUGAGAAAGAAGGAUGAUCUUGCGAAACUCCAGUCCUAUGAACAGGCUAUGGAGCAACGCCAUAGAAUGCUAUCUAGCUGCGUGGGUGACCUGAAAGAAGAGGUUCUAUAUCUGAAGAUGCAACUGUUACAGCACACGAGUUGUAACUGUACCUUAAUACAUCAUUACAUUAGCGAAGAGGCACAGCAGUAUAUUCACGCUCUAGAAACGAGAUCAGGCUUGCAAACAAAUAAAUCAAAUCAAAUCGGGGGUCUAAUUUGA